GCGUGUCGUCAUCAGCGAGCGCCUCAAGCGCUGGGCGGCGACGGGCAGCCCCGGCGGCAGUUUCUUAUCCUUCCAGAGCUUUGAUGCACACAAUCGGUUUGUGAGAGGAAAAAAAAUAAUAAAAAAAUGACAACUCAGUAUAGUAUUCUCUUCAAGCAAGAACAAGCGCACGACGAUGCAAUUUGGUCGGUUGCUUGGGGCAAAAACAGAAACGACGGCUCGGAGACCGUAAUCUCAGGCUCUCUGGAUGACCUGGUGAAAGUCUGGAAAUGGAAUGACGAGAAGCUGGACCUCAAGUGGACCUUAGAAGGUCAUCAGCUGGGUGUCGUUUCUGUGGACAUUAGUCACACAGGCACAGUUGCUGCGUCCAGCUCAUUAGAUGCUCACAUCCGCAUUUGGGACUUGGACACUGGCAAACAGAUCAAGUCAAUAGAUGCUGGGCCAGUUGAUGCUUGGUCGCUGGCUUUUUCUCCCGAUUCCCAGUAUGUGGCAACCGGAAGCCACAUCGGAAAAGUCAACAUAUUUGGCGUUGAGACUGGAAAAAAGGAAUAUUCCUUGGACACUCGAGGGAAAUUCAUCCUAAGUAUCGCCUAUAGUCCAGAUGGAAAAUAUCUAGCCAGCGGAGCUAUCGAUGGGAUUAUCAAUAUUUUUGAUAUUGCAACCGGGAAACUUCUCCACACGUUGGAAGGUCACGCCAUGCCUAUCCGUUCCUUGACGUUUUCUCCAGACUCUCAGUUGCUUGUGACUGCGUCAGAUGAUGGCUACAUCAAGAUAUAUGAUGUACAGCAUGCCAACUUGGCAGGCACUCUGAGUGGCCACGGAUCUUGGGUAUUAAAUGUAGCCUUUUGCCCUGAUGAUACCCAUUUUGUUUCCAGCUCAUCAGACAAAACGGUCAAAGUUUGGGACGUGCCUUCCAGGACCUGCGUCCACACCUUCUUUGACCAUCAAGACCAGGUCUGGGGCGUGCAGUACAAUGGGAACGGCUCAAAAAUUGUCUCUGUUGGGGACGAUCAAGAAAUACACGUUUAUGAUUGUCCUGUAUAAAAAGAUUUCUGCUUGCGAGAGCUAUUGAGGUCGGUUGUCUGAAAAAUAUUUUGAUACUCUUUGAAAAAUCUUAUAGAUGGGAAUCUGAAAAUUAUCUAGGUGGGCGCUUUGCUGUUUUGUUUUUUUUUAUUGUUUUAAAGCUAAAUAAACCCCUGCUGUGGCAUCUGAGCAG